AGGAUUUGAAUUUGCUCAAAAACAAUAUGAGCAAGAAAAACUAUUAAACCAAGUUUAUAUAGCUAUAAACGAUUUUACUGGUGAGACUUAUAAUUUUGUUGAAUCAAAAGAAGAAUUAGUAGAGAAUACCACACAAGAAGACAAAGAAAAUAAAAAAAUUGAUAUAGAAAAAUUAGAUGAAAAUAAUAAUAAAGAAGCAAAUAAAAAUAAAGAACCAGAAGAUCUUUCGAAAUAUAAUUAUAUUUAUCAUGAAACAUUUGGUGAAAAUUCUGAAAAUGAAUUAUAUUAUGAAUCUGAUAAUAGAAGUUGGAAAUAUGAUUUUGAUGAUGAAUGGGAUUGGAAUGAAAAUAAAUUUAAAUCUGUUACUCAAUUAAAUCAAGUUUCUUCUUUAUCUUUCUUUUUAAAAGAUGAUUUACAAAAAAAACGUGCACAGAGGUUUAAUUUUUUAGGAUUUUUAUGUAAAAUAGAUCUUGUUAAUGAUAUUAAUGAAGCAAAAAAUGAACGUAAAAAAAUUAGAAAUAAAAAUGAUAUUGAUGAUUAUCAAAAAGGAUUCCUUUUAAAUAAG